AUGUCCCUGCUGAAAGACUCCGAACUGGAGGAAGUGCACAGGAAGAUAAUCGACGGGACCAUCGAAAAGUGCAGCCAGUUCUACAACACACGAAUUUUGGAAGCCAUAAAAUUAAGGUGGCUGAAGAUAUAUGAGAGGAAGCUCCAGGUUACGGAGAGGGGCUCUAACCAAUCCGGCGUGCCCCAGCAGAAAGGUGCGCCCAACGUUACCGACGACUUUGAGGACGACGAAUUUGAAGACGCCGAAGUAGAGGAGAAGGAAAUAGUAGAGUUGGAAGAGCACGUCCAGGAUGACGAGGCGGACGAACUGAACGAGCUAGACGAAAUCUCCAUAAGCGACCUGAGUGACGUGGACCCCCCGACAUCCAACGUGAUCGUGGGAAUUUGUGACAAGAUAACGAAGCCGUGUGGACGCAGAAACGCAAGUAGCAAUUGGAAGAUAAAGCUUAAGGGAGGACUGAUGAAGGUGGAAGGCAAGGAGAUGUUCUUCCGCAGUUUGCAAGGCGAGCUGGAACCGUUUUGCUUCCCCUCCCCGAUGGCGUCGUCCCCUGGGCGCGCCCGGCUAAUGGCCAAGGCUAGUAAAUCUAUAUGCAUUGUAGGCGGCGGCGUGGACUCCCUCUGUCUAGCCCUAUAUCUGUCCAAAAAUAAACACCACGUUAAACUGCUAAACGUUAAAAGGAAAUGCAGCCUCAUUGACUCCGCGUAUUUUAACCACAACGUAAUCGAAGUGGGGAGGCACUAUACCUUCCCCCUUGGUGGGCCCGCAUCUCGUUUCAAUGAACUGCUUCGAUGGGUGACUGCAGAGGAUGAAGUUAUUUUGAGCAACCCGUACGCAAACAACCUUUCCUACUUGGAUGAAUUUGGACGUAUCUACCGAGUCAAUAAGUUUAUCCUUAAGAUUCUGUUCUACCUUUUGAAGGACCACCUCUUCGGAUCAUCCAUUCCUAACCCUAAGGACGAGCGAAUGGACUCAUUCUUAUCGAAACGCUUCGACGCUAACUUAUUCGAAAGUGUGAUUCGUCCAUACUGCUUCCACUAUUUUGGGUACUCUCCCCGGGAUGUGUUAAUGCGUUCCCAUUUCCCUAACUUUAUGGACCGCAUGGGGAAAGAGAAAUCCCUCAUCAAGGCCCUACGCACAAUCGCCAAAAAAGGUAGUUCCCCCAUCUUUGCCCAAAAAAAGAAGAUCGGAAAAUUCGCAAAGGGGAACAUCACCCUGGUGAACAAACUCCGGGACCACCUAGAAUUAUGCAGCAACGUCCAAGUGAUAACUCCGAGGGGAGACCUACAAAUAAGGUGCAUGCGCCGUGGGGUGAAGGUGCGUCUCGGAAGGAAGUCCAUCAAAUGUGAACAAAUUAUUUUCUGUUUGAGUCCACCCGAACUGAAGGACCUUCUGCGGAACGUGACUUUCGAGGAGAAGAAAAAAGACGCGCUCGUGAAGAAGUACUUGUCAAAAUUCCGCUCCCACGCUGUUAGAAUUUCCAACGUUUGCUUUGCCAAGAAUGUGUUGCCCUUCUCGCACUCGUUGGAAUCCCUCCUCUUGUUCAAACGGAACAAACAGAACAAGCUGAUCUCGCUGUUGUACGACCGCAACAUAUUCCCCCCCCAGUGUGAUGAGCCUAGUGGACUCGAUGAAGACCAUCCAGGAGAACCCUCGCCGGAGGGGGGCCUUUACGAGACGAGCCUGCGAUUCAUGAGCAGAGAAACGGAUGAACGCAAAUCGGUGGAGGAAAUAAAUGCUUUCCUUCGAGGCGUCCUGGGUGUGCAGGAAAAGCCCGAUAUGCUCAUCAGCCAUGUUCACCGCGUCUUCCCCUUCGAUGCGCGCGCCGACCAGGCGUACAAAAAGAUAAUUAGCAGAAAGAGCCAAAGGGUACGGCUCUUCUGGACAUUCUACUUUUUUAGAAGCUUCGAGUUUUGCCUGGAGGAGGCAAAGCGGUUUAGCGACUCGGUGUAGAGUGACCUGUACAUAGGCAGGGUCCCCCGCCGAAAGACCAAGCUGAACUACGAAAAUGGGAAACCCCACAUUGAUGCCGGCGUUGUGAAUUACUUCAAGCAAAUUCGGGAGGAAUUCCCCUUCUUCAAGAGGGAAAACUGUCCCGCGUACUUCGACAGUGCGUCCACGACGCAGAAGCCGGCCUGCGUGAUAGAGAGACUGACCCAGUUUUACUCCAACGAGAAUGCCAACAUCCACCGAGGGAUUUACAAAAUGAGCCUGGACGCGACGAACAGCUACGAACAAGUCAGGAAGAAGAUAAAGAACUACAUCAACUGCGAAAGGGAGGAUGAAAUUAUAUUCACGAGCGGCUCGACGCACGGGCUGAACCUCAUCUGCAGCAUGUUGAUGGACCGAGUAAUCCAAAAAAGGAAGGACGAAAUAUACCUGACUUACCUGGAACACCACUCCAAUAUAGUUCCAUGGCAAGAACAAAUAAAGAGGAAAAAAAAAGGAAAAAUCAAAUACAUCCCGCUAAAAAGUAGCGGCUACAUUAACAUCAAGAAGUUACGAAAAAGGAUCAACAAAAACACCAAAGUUAUUUCAAUAAGUCACGUAUCCAAUGUGUUAGGAAAUGUUCAGAAAUUAUCUACCAUUAUAAGACAAGUGAGGGAGGUAAAUAAAAAUGUAAUUAUCGUUGUAGAUGCUGCUCAAAGUUUUGCACACAUAAAAUAUGACCUCAAACGGAUGGAGGAAAAUAACUGUUGCCCUGAUGUGCUAAUCGCGUCGGGACAUAAAUUUUGUGCACCUUUGGGCUGUGGUUUUAUUUACUUAAAAAACACCUUAACAUGUUCAUACAAAUUUAAACCACUUUUGUACGGAAGCAACAUGAUAACAACUGUUGGUAAAUAUGAAUCGGAGUUUGUGCCCUCUCCCCAUCUCUUCGAGACUGGCACGCAGAACAUCGCGGGGGUCAUUUCCAUGGGGGUCGCCAUUGACUUUUUGGAGAAGAUCGAUAAGAGCCUUCUGUGCCGCUACGAGAUGUACCUCUACGAUAUGCUCAUUUAUUAUUUGGGUCAGCAUUUGCAGAAGGGCUUGGUGCAGCUCCCGGGGGGGGUAGAAAGAGACGUGAUCAGCAAGAGCGAACAGUGCAGGCUGUACAUCCACAACAGCCGAAAGGGGAAGGGGAAAAAAGUGCCCAUACUCCCCCUCUGGUCAAACCAGUUCACCUCCUACGACCUUGUAACCUUCCUGGAUUUCAAGAAUGUGUGCAUCCGGUCUGGUCACCACUGCGCGUCCCUACUGCUGAAGGAGUUCUUGCGCAUACCCGACUGUGCACGCGUUUCGCUUUUUUUUUACAACACACCCGAGGAGGUUGAAUACCUGGCUGAGCAGAUCGCCUCCGUUGCGCGAAUGCUCAGUGGGAUGAGCAGGGGCAAGUACGACGUAGGAGGGGCAGGUAGUACUACGUAG